AUUUUCUAUGCAUUGCACCUGAGGAAGGGGUUCUGACCCCGAAAGCUUGUGCACUCAAUAAAUCUGCAUAUGAAUUAAGGCAUUGCCUGGACAUUUUUGGUGUGCUCCUUCCCACUUCACAUAUCUGUAUAAUAUUUGGCUUGGAGGCUGCCAGGGAUACGGAUGCACCCAGCAAGCAAAGAAAAACUGUGGGCGUCUGUUCUGCUGCCAAUAUGGAAAAAUGUCGACUCGGUAGUGACUCCCUGGAUCCCCGGCUGCUCAGUUUUCCGGUGGUUCGGUUGGAGAGGAUACAGUUCCAUUCUGGGAAUUAUAAGACAAUAUCUGAAGAUUUUAAUGGGAAAGUACAACGAAAAAUGAUUGGGCUUCAUGUGGAGAACAAAGAGGAGAGGAGGAGACUCAGCGCUGCUGGAUACAGACUGGUUCCAUAUGGAUCAGGAAUCACAAAGAUGAACAGGGAGAGGAGAGAAGGGCUUGGUGUGAGGAACCAGACAGGAAGUGACACAAACAGGAAGUCCUCUACAUGCCAUGACUUUGUUUCCAGAUCCGCCCACAAUCACCAGAAACCUCACGCCAAUGAGACGACUUCUGCCCCAAAAGCGCAACAGAAACAAACGCUCCAACUUUGUACAGUAACAGGGGGGGAGCUGAUUGUAACCCACAAAUUAGCAAAACAGCCCAGGGCUGAGGAAAAGCUUCAUGAAAGUCAGAAAAGGAUAAAUAAUAUUUCAGGGAAAAACAUAAAGCCAAGAAAUACAUUUGCCCACAGCACAAAGCAAACCAUGUUCCAUAAAGCGCUGGGCAUUAUAAAGCCCUUUGUCUGUAUUAAGUGCAAGAGACGAUUCGGCAGCAAUGGGAACCUCCUCAUCCAUCGGCGAAUUCACAUAGAGAGACCGUUCUCUUGCGCCGAUUGUGCCAAAUGUUUCUCACACAGAACCAUCCUCCGACAGCACCGCCGGGCUCAUACGGGAAAGGGACCCUUCACCCACAGCACUGGGGGCGAUAAAAUGUCAUCAGGUAAGGGCAACUUUCACAGGCACCAAGGGACGGCUGCUAAAGAGAAACCAUUGACCUGCACUGAGUGCGGCAAAUCAUUCCAAGAAAAAUCACGUUUGCGCAUUCAUGAACGCUCGCACACCGGAGAGAAACCUUAUGUUUGUACCAAAUGUGGUAAAGGAUUUUCCUGCAAGGGGAGUUUUAACAUACAUAAGCGUAUUCAUUCUAGAAAUAAACCUUUUAUCUGCACAGAGUGUGGCAAAAGAUUUAGAGCAAAACAACAUCUACACGAGCACUUCCUGAUUCACACAGGAGCCAAAUCAUUUGCCUGUUCAGAAUGUGGGAAACACUUCAGACUAAAGGAGUUUCUUACAAAACACCUGCUGACUCACACUGGAUUGAAGCCGUACACCUGCAUUGAAUGUGGGAAACAAUUUGCAUUGAAGGGAAAUUUUGAUCGACAUUGUCAUCUUCAUACUGGGAAUAAGCCUUUUUCCUGCACAGAGUGUGGGAAAUGUUUUGCAACAAAGGUCCAACUGCAAAGGCACCACCUCUUACACACUGGGGAGAAACCAUUUGUGUGCAAAGAGUGUAAUGCAAGUUUUUCCAGGAUAGCGAACCUUAGAUCGCAUCAACGUCUUCAUACAGGAGAGAAACCAUAUAAAUGCACAGAGUGUGGGAAAUGUUUCCGAAAUCAUGGCGAACUCAAGUCUCAUAUGAAGACUCACACUGGGAUUAAAGCAUUUGUCUGUACAGAGUGUGGGAAACAAUUCACUCACAAACACAGCCUCCGCCACCACCAACUGAUUCACACUGGUGAGAAACCUCAUGUCUGCAUGGAGUGUGGGAAAAGCUACAGGCAGAAGAGGAGCCUAAAUACUCAUGUGCGGAUUCACACAGGAGAGAAACCCUUUGCCUGCACAGAGUGCAAUAAAACUUUUCUAUCAGAGAGUUGGCUCCAGUCCCACAAACAGACUCACACCGGUCUGAAGCCCUAUCAGUGUAAUGAGUGUGGUAAAUCCUUCUUACUGAUGGGAAAUCUUAAGGUUCAUCAGCAGAGACAUAUAGGAGAGAAACCUUACACCUGUCCCGAAUGUGGGAUAAGUUUCGCCACUUAUGGAAAUCUAAAUCGACACUGUGACAUUCACACUGGGAAAAAGCCAUAUGCCUGUACAGAGUGCGGGAAAAACUUUAGACAAAAGAGUGAACUGAAAUAUCACCAAUCUAUCCAUACUGGGGAGAAACCAUUUGAGUGUACAGAGUGUGAGAAAAGCUUUACAUCUCGUUCAAGGCUCAAUAGGCACCAAAAGAUUCAUACUGGGAAAACCAUUUGAGUGUAAAGAAUGUGGCAAGUGCUUCAGUCAAAGAGACCAUUUGAAAUGUCACCAGAUGACUCAUACUGGGAUUUAAUCUUUUGGAUGUACAAAUGUGAGAGCCAAUUCCUGAACAAUCAAAGCCUCGAGCAUCCACACCAGUGAGAAGCCUUUUGUUUGUAUGAACCUAAAGACACAUUCAUAUUCCCACGCAGGAGAGAAACCUUGAGCCGGCACAGAUUGUGGCAAAAUAUUUCAGAAUUCAGUUUUUUUUAAUUUUAUGUAUAUAUUUCAGACUUAACAGAGAUAACAUAUCCUCUCAAUAAGUCCAUGCCCCAGUGGAGCUUACAAUCUGAUGUUACUAUCAUAUUCACAAUAUUUGCCAAUUAACCUGCUUAUGUAUUUUUGGGGUGUGGGAGGAAUUCGGUUUAUCCUAGGGAAUCUGUAUGCAUAGGGGCAACAUUCACACUCCUUGCACAUCGUGCCCUGGCUGGAGUUGAACCAAGGACCCCAGUGAUGCAAGGCAGCAGUGCUAACUAUUGCACAUAAGGAAAAAUAGGGACCAUGAGAAAAGUUAAAGGAUAAUCUCAGAGACUGAUAAAAUGUUUUGCUGGGGUUUUUUUCCAAGGAAGUUGUCAGGAGAAAGAAAGAGGCUGAUGUUCUUCUGCUUAGGAAAGAUGUGAGAAAGGUUUC